AUGGAAUCAACAGUUGACUCAGAACCCAGCCGCUGGCAUUGGUUUUCCUUACGAAAUCGUGUAAAGUUGAAUUUGCUUCAUAUAUCCGCGAUAUUAUGUCUGCAAACGCUUUGCUAUUGCGCUGUUACAUCUAUUGAUACAUAUAUUAGUUCACUGCCAAGUAAUAAUAAUACUGUAUCGUAUGGUGAAGAUAUUAAUGGGACAUGUUCUCAAAUUGACAAUGAAACGUCAGUCGAAGAAUCCAAUCAGAGCGUUACCUAUAAGAGACAUAUUGCGAAUAGUAUUCCCGCAAUUGUUAUGACUUAUGCACUAGCUAUUUUCAUGCCGUUUGUUGGUAAACGAUUCGUACUUCUCUUGUGCAUGCUGGGCAUUUGGAUACAAAUAAUCAUUGCUCUAGUGAUAGUUUAUUUGAAUCUAAGUGUGUAUUGGUGGUAUUUCAAUGGUUUUGUGUUGGGUCUAUUUGGUGGUGCUGGUAUUAUUGAUUUUGUGACUUAUUUAAUUAUUGUCGAUAUUACAACUAAGGAGAAUCGUUCAGUAUGGUUCAUUCGAUUGUAUGCUAUGAGAAAAGGACUUGAAGCAAUAAUUACUUUUGCCAUAUUUUGUUUUGUUGAACAUCAUGGCUAUAUUCCAUUAUUUUGGUGUGGUUUUGUUCUACAAGCUAUAGCCAUUGUUGCCACUUGGCUGUUUUACGACUUAUCUCUUUAUAAUCAUACAAAUCUACGUGGACAUCAUCAAAUAGGUUUGAGUUUCGAUAUAAUUACUAUAUUCUACGGAAAUCGUCGUCCAACGGUGCAAAAAGUUACCGUGUUAUUGACCAUCAUUGCUUACUGCUUUUAUUCGUUUAUCCAUUCCAUGUCGUCAACAUUUCUUUUUGCACUUGCACAUUAUCCUAUUUGCUGGUCGGAAAUGUUAAUUAAUAUCUACAGACUAGUCAAAGGCAUCAGUCUAGCGGUACUCAGUACUCUUGGAUAUCACCUAUUGGCUUGGUUAACCAAAUCCAAUGAUGAACUCAUCUGUGCUAUUGGUUAUAUCUUCUCACUGUUUGCAUCUCUUUGGUUAAUAUUUGCCCAAUAUAAGUGGCAAGUGUUCAGCACUAGUGUAAUAUAUGCGUUGACAAAUUUUCAAGGUCCAUUGACUUUAUCAAUUUUGGCAGCAUGGCUGAAACCGUAUGAAAUUAAUAUUGCAUUUAUCUUUAUUAUUGUUAUCAAUCAAUUAAUCACGUCAUUCGGUGAUCCGUUUUUUCAAAUGAUCUAUAUGAAAACUUCAAAGCAACAUACGGCUACGGUUUUGUAUAUAAACGCUGCAGUGUGUGUUAUUCCGUUGAUACUCAACAUCUGCAUUUAUAUAGUUAAACGUCAUAUGUUGCAACGACCAUCAGGGAUUACUGAUGAGAGAACUUCUUUGCUGGCGAAUGCAGACGGAAACGAAAAUCCAUCGCAAACAACAGACGACACUCAAUCGCCAAUCUCUGUUACUCUGUUCAGUAUUGGUAAUCUCAGUUUUAUCAUUAAAGUUGGAUCUGAGCCACAACCUAAUGUUGAAACAAAUCAGAGCGUAGUGAAUGCUUAA